AUGAGCAUUCGGAUAAAUGCGACGGUCCAGGAGGCCCGAACAGCUGCAAACCACAGCCAGGAGCAAUGGGACCGUUUUUACUUUAUAACAAAAGACGAGGCGAGGCAGCUUGCUGAGGCGCAUCCAGACUGGAAAAGAUGGAUCCUCAUCCCCGCGAACGAAAAGGAACAGAUGCUGGAGAGGAUCAAUGCCCGACUAAGUGCUGAAGGUAUUCCGCCAGUCGAGAUGAUUAUUUUGAAAUGGCGCGUGUCGCAACUCCUCCGGGAUAUUCAACGCAAGUACGCUGACCUCGACGACUGCACAGAAGCAGGCAGCAUGCUACAAGGAAUACCAGGUACGAGUUCAGGGUCAGGACCGGGUUCGCCAAUACAUGUCCACACUGCCCAAGCACCUUCAGACGGUAGCGUAAAGUCUUCGAGCCCACAGCGAACCGAGUAUUCGCCAAGCGAGACUCGCCCAUACGAUCCAAUACGAGAUGUUUAG